CAUUUAUGUAAAAUAAAGCGAGACGAACAGCCGUGCGACCGGACGUGUUUGACCGUUGAUUUUGAUUUUUAAUUCCGACGCGCUUCAAAGAAAGUAAAAACUAAAACACGUACAAGGCGCAAUGUAAUUAUUUAUAACAAUUACAAUCUACAUUGGUGCAAUUAAUGGUGUGUAUGCUAAGUAAAUUAUAAACAGGAUUGCAAAAAGUGCUAAAUUAAAGUGACGCCGUCUGCUGCCGCUACUGCUGCAUUCGGUGGAAUUCGUUUGUGUGCGUUUACGCGUAAGUGUGUGUGUAAAUUGUGACUGUUGGCGCUUGGCAGCGAUAUUUUGCGCGCCGCUUUUUAAUUAACCGACGCGUUGUUCAAUUUAAUUGUGCAAAAACAAAGAUGCUUUGGCAUUGGGCAGUAUUCAAGCUAUGAGUAAAUCAUAGCAAACAAACCAACAUUAAAUAAUAAAACAAAGAAAAUCAAACACGAAAGCUGUUUCUAAGUGUAUGUGUGUGUGAGUGUCCAAAAUUGAAUGCAAUUCAAACGAAAUGGAGACCAUCGAGGAGCAAUCAAAAACAGAGAUGUCCAUUAUGUCAAAGCUGCCCACACGCAUCUGCCUGGUGGGCGAGGCUGGUAGAGAUGCGGAGACGCUGCAGGCAGCCGAGAGUUUUGGCAUGCCCGUCAUUCAGUCGGAGACGGGGCAGGACAUCAUUAGCGAUAUGGAUUGGCGCACAUUCUAUGUGCUGCAGGACUUUGAGGACGAGAUCUUCGAUGCCAUACACAAGCAAAAGGAAUGCAUUUUGGGUCCACCCGCUUUGAAGUAUGCGGCCGAGAUGAAACAGACGCUGGGCCAGAACACCAGGCCCAUUUAUAACUAUGCGAUGCGCGGCGUAGUCACUUGCUUCACGGGCAUACGCAAAAAGGAUGAGCUGACAAAGCUGGUGAAUCUCAUACACUCCAUGGGCGGUUGCAUCAAAAAGGAUUUGAACACGAAGACCACGCAUCUGAUAUGCAAUCACAGUGGCGGCGAGAAGUAUCAAUACGCCAAAACCUUUCGUCUGACGGUUGUGCGUCCCGCUUGGGUGUAUGCCGCUUGGUCGGCUCGCAAUUCGUUAGGCUUUGAGGCCACGCAGGAUAACUUCACUAAGGCGCAUAGGUUGAAGGCGUUCGAGGGACAGAAGAUUUGCUUCUUUGGCUUCCCCGCCGAGGAGCAUCAACACAUGGUCGAUGUGCUGCUCGAGAAUGGCGGCGUCUGUGCCGAGUUGGACGAUCCGGAGUGCUCGCAUGUCGUGAUGCCCAAUACGGGCGCUGUCCUUACAAGCACUAGCUCUAGCUCUACUAGCACUAGCACUGAUACUAACCACACCACUAACACUAAAACCCAAACAUGCAGCAGCCCCAAGUCCCCCACAACUGACGCAGAUUCAGCUGAUGAGGUUGAGCACCAGCAGUAUCAGCAGCAGCAGCAGCAGCAGCUGCUGCUGGACCAGGAACUGAACGAGCAGCAACGGCAGCCAGUGUCUGAUAAGGAGAAUCAGUCUGGGGAACUGGAUGACAUUCAUUUCGAUGAGCGUCUGUUUGUCGAGCUGGGCGACAUGCAGCAGCCGGAGGAGCUGCCGCUGCCCGACUCGGCGGAUGAAGAGGACGUGCAGGCCAGCACGCCGAAGAGCAGCAAACAGUCGAGUCUUAUUAUAGCCGCCGGCACGCCCACCAGCUGCAAUGGCAGCCCCUUAGCGGCUGACGACUUUCAACGCAAUGCGGAGAGACUGUCUCCCAUCCUGAUAGCGCCUGCCAAGCUGCUCACUAUCGACACAAUCAACGAAUGCGACAUGGAAACGGAUGACCUGACUACCGCAGCAGCUGAGAAUGACUUGAAACGCAAACGCGACAGCUUCGACAGUGUCUCGCUGAUGUCUGUGGACUCGUUUGCCCUGCCCGCAAGCACCAAGAAACCAAAGCUGAUACGCACGGGCUCCAUAACGCGCACGCUGAAGCGUUCCAUGAGCUUUGUGGCUGAUCGCACGCCUAUUAUCAAAACGCUGCGCACACGUCGCAGCUCCAUUGCCGUCGCCGAUGCAUCCACAUUUCUGGGCAGCGAGACAAUUGAUGCAGAUGAUUCCGUGUGCUCGCUGGCCAGCAUCAAUAGCACGCUGAAUGAGUCCAUACGGAAGCCAGUGAAAGCAUUGCGCAGUAUUUGCGAUCGGAUUACGCGCAGCAGCAGUCGCCGUGCCGAGCGCGAGGCCACGCCCGAUGGUGGCCCAUUGGAUAGCGGCUUCAAGACGCCAAAAGCACCGUUGCAACGUUUUGGCGUCGGUGGCAGCGCGUCAGCCACUAAGAAAACAGCAAAGCGUCUCUUCGGACCGGUGGGCGGAGGCGCCAGUGCUGUCAGUUGCUCCCUAACAUUAACAACUAACAAUGCCAAUGUCCUUGCCAAAGAUACAGUCAACGCCAUUCCCUGCUCUGCUACUACUGUUACUGCCUCUGACUCAGCCUUGUUGCCCUCGAAACUCAGCUCAUCUGCAACAGCAAUCACCUCAGCAUCAUCAUCUGCAUCACAAACCACAUCAUCAUUGAACGCUGUGCCCGCGGAUGCGCCCAAGCUGACAGCGUCGACAUGCGCUGCCGACGAGCAAAUGGUUGUGGAUGAGCACACGACUGUGUCGAAGCCGGAGCCCAAAAAUCACAAUACUCACAUCCUGAAAUCGGACUGGUUCUGGUAUACCAUACAGAAUGGCUAUGCCAAUGAGAUGGACUAUCUAUUCGGCGAUUACUUGGAUAGCAUUACGAACACGCCCAGCACAGAUCGUCGCGACUCGCUGCCCAUUAGCUUUAAUAAGCGGAAACGGAAGCGUUUCUCACAGCGCAUUCAAUUGGAGGGCACACCCUUGGGCUCGGGCAAGCGACGAUCUUCAGUCUCAGAUGCUGGCCUGUUGUCCGUCUCGAAUAGCUUCUUUGACUGCACGGCCAGUCCUGAUAAACUGGAGAAUGAUAAGCUGUUGCACGUGGAGCCAGAGGUUAGCGAGGCCACGCCCACCAAGAAAUCCAUGCGCUUCAAUCAUUUUAUGGACUUCUUUACCACGGAAUCCAACUAUGUGGGCAUCCUAGAUACCAUUCUGAAUCUGUUCAAAAACAAACUGGAAGAGCUGGCCGAAACGAAUGAUUCGCUGCUUAAUAAAUCGGAGAUCAAAUCAAUCUUUGGCAACUUUCUGCCCAUACACGAGGUGCAUCAGAGCAUGCUGGAGCAUCUGCGCAAGCUGCAUGCCAAUUGGCGCGAGGAUUGCCUCAUCGGCGAUAUCAUUAUACAGCAUCGCGAUGAGCUGAUCAAGGCCUAUCCACCUUAUGUGAAUUUCUACGAGCAGAUGAAGGAACAGCUGCAGUAUUGUGAUCGCGAAUAUCCACGCUUCCACGCCUUCCUCAAGAUCAAUCAAACGAAGCCGGAGUGUGGUCGGCAGAGCCUGCAGGAUCUCAUGAUCCGGCCCGUGCAGCGGCUGCCCAGCAUUAGCCUGCUGCUAAAUGAUAUAUUGAAGCACACCGGUGGCAGUAAUGCAGAUCAUGCGCGUCUCGAGGAGGCGCUCAAGGCCAUCAAGCAGGUGACGCUGCACAUCAACGAAGACAAACGGCGCACAGAGUCGCGCAUGGCCAUCUUUGACAUAUUCAACGACAUCGAUGGCUGCCCAGCGCACUUGGUCAGCUCCAAUCGCAGUUUCAUCUCCAAGUGUGAGGUCAACGAGCUAUCCGAUUCCCUGAGUGGGCGUGGCGAUAGUCUAUUGCUCUACUUGUUCUCCGAUUCCAUAGAGCUGUGCAAGCGCCGCUCGCGCGGUUUCAAUACGGCCAAAUCGCCCAGCACGGCCAAAACGCACAAACACAUAAAAUUGAUAUCGCUGAAUACGAUACGCUUUGUCAUCGAUGUUACGGACAGUCCGCGUGCUUUUGGGCUGCUGCAGCGUGGCGACAAGGAGAAGCUCUACACCUUCAGCAUCAUUGACGAGGAAACGGAUAAGCUGGUCUAUCUCAAAAAGUUGUGCAUGCAAAUUGCAGCGCAUACGUGUCGCACAGAUGCCGACAAAAUGAUGCUGAGCCGCACUUCGCUCGAAUUGGAGGUGGACAUCAGCGAUGUAAAUGUCAGCACAUUGAGCAAGGCCUUCAAAUUGGCUGCCAAGACGCGUUUAAAGGUGGGACGCGCCUUCUCCUUUAACAAAACCCCCAACAAGCUGAAACGCGCAGUGUCCACAAUGAUGACAUCGCCAUUCGGCAGCACCAACUCGUUGACGCCCGCCUCGCAGCUGGCGCAGAUGCGUCUGGCCAGCUGCACCAAUAUUAAUGAAGUAGCUGAUGAGGAUUGUGCCAGCAUGCGCAGCAAUUCGCCAUCCACGCAGUCGGAGCUGCUGGUCGUGCCGCCUCUAUCAGUGCAGCCCACGCGCAAAAACAAGGCCGUCGUGGGACGAAUUUAGCCGGCGACGCUUGAGCCUGGCCCUGGCUAAUGCUCAACUCUCUCAAUAAGCGUAUUCCAUAUGAACUUUUUGUGUAGGCUUUUAAGUAUGUCUCGGUACAAACACACUCGCUUGUACGCAUGCGUAAUCAUAAUUCAUACUUUCGAUAUUCGUAAACUCUAAAACAAAAGAAAGAAAAAAAAAAAUCACGCGUCCAAUCAGUUUAAGGUCGUAGUUUUAGAACUCGUAUAAGAUUUAAUUGUCGCGCGCGAAUGUUGAAGCGUUUGCGUUGUUGUAGGCGUUCUCAAUGAAUUUGUAUUUGUAGCACUCAAGUCUAUGAAUAAUUGUAAAUAGUUUUCUUAUUCGCACAUAUAUACAUAUAUAUAAGUGUAUAUAUAUAGUAAUCUAUCUAUAUGUUCAAUGUAAUCGUAUAAUGCAACUAAUCGUAUUAGUGACUUGAAAUCGCAUUCACGCACUGAAAAGCAAAAUCGGUUCGAUUUCAUCUUUGUUCGGCAUUGCAAAAGCUGUGAAUGUUUACUGAGUAAAUUUUUUUUAAAAAAAAAGUACAUAACGAUUAAUGUAUAAACUCAUUCAAUUUGUUUGAGACAGAGGCAUGUACAGCCAAAACGUUGUAUUGUAAGAGCAUGCUGAUUUUUAAGAUAUAAUAUACGACACAAUGAUAUAAAAGCUAAAAACUAAAUUG